CGCUGCGUUGCGAAAGGAGCGCCCCCUUCACGUUGGCAGCGACCAAUCAGCGCCGUCGGAGCAGGAUGUGUUGUGUGGUGGAUGCAGCUACGAGCGAGGCCAGACAGGCAGUAUGGCGGAGGAGGGCAGUGUGUACGAGUUAGAGGGGCUGGAGGGACAAUUACUGAGUUUGUUCAGCCGAUACUCGAAUGAUGAGCUGCGAGCCGAUAGUAAACCGUUCUGCACUGACUUCUGCAAGCUCGUGGAGGAGUACACCUCUCGCUGGCAGGUGCCGGUGCCUCAGCUCAGGAUCCUCGAGAUAUCGCUCAUAUACUUCACUCGAGCCGCCUCCUUCUUCACCCCAAACUGUGAUCAUGUGCUCCACACACUCAGUAGUCUGGCCUUGAGUGUUUUUGAGUUGCUGCUGUUCUUUGACCAGAAGGACUUCCAUGAGGAGCCGCUGAAACACUUCACUGUUACAUUCCAGGAAUGUCAUUUGGCCCUUGGAAGGCAUCAGAAUGUUCACUUACUUCAGGUGGAGCGUUCGGUUCAGGGCGGUGGACCUUGGGCCAGCUCAGUCUUGCAGGCAAUCCUCAGCGAGUCCAGUUUACCUCAAAACGAAGUGGAUGGGUACAUCAGCUCCGAGCUGCCAGUGUUCUUCGAGCUUCGGGUACGCUACCUCUUAUCCUGUGAGCAGCGGGUCAGUGAGGCCGUGGCCCUGGCUAAGCGUUGUUCUCGGCAUCCGGCAGCAGGACAGCACUUGUUCUUCCUCCAGGUCUACCUCACGUGGCUUCUCAAAACUUCACAGCAUGACUGCCUACACAGAGAGGUGGCUGACCUAAAUGGCAAAGAUGCAGUUCACAUCAUCUGUAGUUUGGAGUGUGAAGAGAAGGAUGAGUUUCUGCUCGCUCUGUGCAGAGCUUUCCUCUCCCAGCAGCUCCGCAGGGGAGACAUGUUUUAUCUCUGUGAUCUGGUCUUGGUGUGGAGUAAACUUCAUAGCCAGUUGAAGACAUCCAAGCAAGCUCUACUGGAGGAGUGUCAUCAGCUGAUGCUAUCUGCCUCCAAUGUCAACUCAAUCUUCCCUUUCAUCAGAGCCAUAAUGCAAGAGCUGGGUGAAGAUGGUGUCCAGUUCUGCGUGGAGCUUUGUGCUAAUGCCCUGGAGUCUUGCCUUCCCUGUGAUGUCAUCACCAAGUCCCUAAUCUACAAAACCAUCGCUGGCUUGCUCCCCAGUGACCUGGAGGUGUGCCGGGCGUGCGCUCUUCUUGUUUUCUUCCAGGAACGCUCUGUCGAGGCCUACAAGAUGGUCUACCUUCUUUACAUGCAUCCCGAUCAGGAGUACCACGUGGAGUCCAGCCCCAUCAGAAAUCACAUUCGAUUUGAAACCCUGCAGGUUUUGAAGAAGGAUCUGUACUUUGACCCAGAGUUUUGGAACCUCAUCACGCUGCGGACCAACUGUUUGAAGCUGAUGAGCGAGAAGGUGGUCAGCGCCGCCCUGGAAGAAAUCAUGGAGGACAAAUGGAUCCUUAAAUAUUGCACCAAAGAUUCUGCUUUCCGGCCAAGCACAUCCUUAUGUAAGAAAGAGAAGUCUCAGACGUCAUGUAAGAAGCGGCACCUCAAAGAAGACACUGACGCAGCAUCCAAGAGAUUAAAGAUCGGCCCCGGCAGAACACGCCUCAACAGUGACCACAAUGUAAAGAAGAAAGGCAACCAAGGGUCACGACCUUUGAGGGAUGCAACCUCUAAAACUUUGCGGCGUUCAUUCUGGCAGCUAGACAAACUACAAGACAAUGGAGAAGUUAGACGCACGACGCGACACUCAGAGAAGAACCCACCAAAACGCAGAAUUAGGACACCGAGGUGGCUUCUGGAAGACUCAGGAACUCUCGACAAGAACAACGUUUCCAGGAUGAAACAGCAUCAAAAGCACCACCAGUCCUCCGUCAUCAAGAGGAUGGAAACAGGUCAAAUCAAGGACAAUGUGAAACACAAACCUUCCAUGAACUCUCAUUUAACAGCCAAGGAAAACAGCAAACACCAGAAGGGAAUAAGUUUGGACAGUGUGAAACCGGCCAACCCUCCACAAGUCAUUCUGGAGCUCUCUUUGCCAGACAAUGAACUGAUGGGUACGUUUAAUGAGGAGACGUGUCAUAGACAGAGAGGCUUUCCUCAGGUGCUUCUUUACAAACGGACAGUGAAACUUCCUGACGAGCAGCAACCGGCGAAGACGGUCAACGGCAAAGAGGUGAUUCUCAGAGCGCGGGAUCCAGCCAUGUUCUUACAGCAGCUGCACUGUUACGCUCGGCGGCAGAAAGGAAAAGGCAACGGGUUGAAGAUGCAAGGCUCCGUAUCAACAAUCACACGCUCCUCGGUGCAAGGGAGUCCUCCAAAAGAUCCUCAGAGGAAGCCUUCUGAGAAAUCUGCCACCGACGCGAAAGGUGGAAUUGUCACUCGGACAAAAGUAAAAGAGACUUUAGAGAAAACCCCUCAAGCUCAAACCACAAAAGCAGCAUUACGAAAGACGUCCUCAGGCAGAGAGCUCUCUGGGAAAUCUGUUGAGAUGAAAGACACCAAUGCGUCACGGACGUCAGCUGAGUCUGACGUGACAGAAGCUCCAAUGUUGGAUAAGUUCCUGCAAGGUAAAACCAUUACUUCCUCAGAAGAGCUCUGUGAAGGCUCUGCUGUUGAGAUGAAAGUCACUAUCGCAUCGCAAACCCUGACAGCCGGCAAAGAGGGCCAAUCCCAAGGUUUAGAUAAGGUCUCCAAAGCUCACAAGGUUAGAGAAACUUCAGAAACCACAGCUUCCACUGAGGUUUCUCAGACAUUAACCGUCACUGAUGGAUGCCCAAAAGCUCGAGCUUCUGAAGAUGUUCUUAAGAGGCAGGAACAAGAGCCUGUGUCACCCUCCUCUCGGGCUGAAAAUGACAAACACCUCGCAGCGCAAGCAAAAGCAGACACUCCAGGGUUGCUUGCAAAUCUCAGUAACGGCAUUCCUGACGUGGAUGUCGCAAAUAUGUCACCGAAACUCUCAAAAGAACACAAGCUUAGUGAAAAGGACACACACCCUGGAGGGUUAGCCGUGACUCAAAACAAGGCGUCCUCUAGACCUGCAGACCAAGACUGUAUGAAUGACAUAUCUGCUCUGACGUUAGUGACAGAGAUGGUGACUGAACUUUCUUCAGAGACGAUUACUCAAGACAUGGAGAAUCAAAAACCACAAGGCCCAGAUGUCAGUGCCUCCAAGGGAUCCAAGGCUGGAGGUAAGCCUAAAGUUCCUCACAAGUUAAGCUCCACCUCCAGCGGCUCGGCACAAGAGCUCGGGGCAUCUAAAGUUUCUGACAUGCUCAUGAAUAAAGUGUGCAUUCAGGAUAUGGAUGAAGAACUAACUGAGGACAUUGACGCUGUAGAAACGGAGGAAUCCAGGCUAGAGUUCUGCUGUACCUUCUGCCAAAAGGUGUUCAAGGGAAGCCGCGUUGUAGCACACGCUAUGUUCCAUUAUCGUAAAGACGAGUGCAUGUUCUGUCGGACUGUGUUCAAGGACGACCUCCUCGCCAUGAUGCACCUGUCGGAUCACAUCGAGAAGCUAAAGAGGAUCAAAGACGCAUGCAGUAAAAACACGAGAGAUAACCAGCAGUCUGAAUCCAAAGAUAUCUCCACGGCUAAGACCCCUUCCAAAGCCAAACCCACAAUUGUUCCUCCUGUGCCCCGCAGCAGAGGGAGACCAAGAAAAUGUACUAUUCCUCCUACGUCCACGAGUACUCCUGAUUCAACUCCAUCUGGAUCCAAAAGGUUAAGAUCAAAUAACAAGCCAGAAGAGGAGAAACACAAUAAAUCAACGCCUGUCAGAAGUAAAAGUCCUGUGCACAAGGUGAACGGUCAUAUCGGUGAGAAGAAAAAGCUCGGCAGACCGAGAAAGAUCCCUUUGAACUCUGAGGAGCUCCCUACAAGUCAGAAAACCUCUCAAGAAAGUACAAGUGAGAAAGCUGGUAAUCCAAGGUUGCAUGAAGAACAACAUUUAGACAGGGAUUCUGCAACAUCAGCUCGUUCUACUGAAGCCAAAACGAAGGAGACGGAUUCUCUGCAGGUCCAGAAAAAAGCCACAAAACGAGAGAAGGAGAUCUCAAAGAAAAAGAUGGAGAAACAGGAGAAAGUCUGCUGUCCUGUGGAUGGAUGUGCUUGGUUUACAGAUCGGUCCAAAAAUCGCGUCGCCCUCCUGUACCACGCCCUCGAGGAUCACGACGGGGAAGUCAAACCUUUAAAACUGGCCUUCCGUAUUGGAAACGGAAAAUGUAGUUGCUGCAUGAGGGUUUUGUGGAGCUUCGAACACUUUCAGCACCACGUCGAGAGACACAGACUCACUCCUCGGUACCCUUGUCCUCAUCAGGGUUGUCCCAUCAGGUUCAAAACUGGAAUAGAAAUGAGACGCCAUGCCAGGAAGCACAGUCCGCUGCAGGCAGCAUGCUGCCUCCCUGGCUGUUCGCAACUAUUUAUUUGUCUCUGGGCGCUGAACCUUCAUGAAAGAGACCACUAUGCUUCCAGAUCUUCUAAUCCAGACUCGAAUGAGCCAACAGGAGACAGACACAAUCAGAAACAACCAGAUCAUGAGCGAAAAGAUGCACCUGCUUCCACUUUGAAUAAGACAGUGAGUGUAAAAGCUUCUCAUAAAUUAAAAAGACAAAACACACAUAAAUGUAAGAUCAGAGGUCGUGGUAGACCUCCUCUUCAGACCAGUGUGAGAGCAUCUUUGUUAAAACAGCAGGUGAAGGAGAGCGGGGAGACCCACGAGCCACACGUCCUGAAGAACCUCUCAAACAAGGACACAUCCGAACAUCCCUCUGGUCCUAAUCUGAGGUUGAGGCAAACACUGAGGAAAGUCACAACUCCAUCAUCCCUGAAAACUCAGAGAGUGGUUUCAUCCUCGCUGUUCAAACACAACAUUAAAGUGAGGCACAAAGUGAAGAAAAAGCAGGUCAAAGUGAACACGAAGGGUCCGAAGAGAAGAGGGCGUCCUCCCAUGUUGAGGAAAGCGGAUGAAAACACUACCACUGCUGCAAAGAAUGAAACGAUGCUGGAGAAGAAUCAGAAGAGCACGGAUCAGCUGACGAGCUCUGCGAAAGAAGCCGAGGUCUCAAGUGACCGCCGGAAACAAACAGAUGAAGAUGUGAAAACUAAAGAGAGAUCAAGUGAUGGAUCCAAGUCCAAGAGAUCAAUAAGCAAGCAGAUCAAGAAAAAUCAUGUGAAACAAAAGGGUUUAAAUCGGUCCAUUGCCACCACGUCAUCCAGCAAAACACAGAAGGUGACGAUUAACAAAAUGAAGAAACAGCAUCAUGUGAAAAAACGCUCUGCACCCGAUCAGAACCAGAGUCGUUCUCCAUCUUCAGAGUCGGAUAAGUCAAAGAAGAAGAAGGAUGGAGAGAGUGAAGCCAAAACGCAGAUCAUGGAGAAAGUGGUUAUUCUGAAAGAGUCUGCAGUGGAAGAGCCAAAGUCAGUCGAGGUUGAAGCAGCAGGUGAAAGUCCGGCUGAAGAAAAGGGAAAGACGAUUUCAGAAGAGACAGAAGAGACACAGAACAGCUCUGAGAACUCUGACCCCGCUGUCCAAGUAGAAAAAGUCAAGUCAAAGAAACUGCACGUUACGAAAGAAAAGAAAACUACGACUGCAACUUCAGACUCAAGUAAGACACACAAGAAGCAGAAAGAUACUAACAAGAAGGGGGAGAAAAAUGCAGUCAAAGGAAGAAAGUCAGAGAACAAAACUCCUCUAAAAAAGACAUCCAAGUCCAAACCUGAGGUGUCUGAAGCAGCAGCUGAGAGCUCUCUUGCUGGGGAAGGAAAACCAAAAGAAGAAUCCUCACAUGUUACCAUGGAUGGCCCUGGAUCCUCCGUCGCUGAUGCAUCAGGUAGCUCAAAUGAAACAACUUCUCCACCAGCUGCCGAUGUGGAGAAGACACAGACGGUUACAACUAAGAAAAAGUCAAAUAAAUCUAAUGCCCCGAAAAGUGUAGGCCCAAACAAAGCAAAGAGGAAGCGAGAGGAUGCUGGGAAAGAAGGAGGCACAAAGAUCACCAAGAAGAAAUGCAAAGAUCCGAAUGUUCCAUCAACAGCAAAGAAGCCGAGGAAGUCAAAAAGUAAACCGGUUGAAGAGGUGAAAGCAGAAGGAGCAGAGAGCUCUGCACACCAGGAGGAGAAAACUUCCACUGACGCACCACAAUCUGCUUUAACAGUCCGAGGGUACUCCUCAACAAACGGACAAGAGGGACACGAGGGCUCGAAGGCCGUGGAUUUCAAACAAAACCUGGCCGAGUACGGGAAGAAGCCAUACAUGCGCGCUCCGCCUGAAGUUUACCUGGACGAGAAGUACAUCACGAUGCCAAAACGGAGGAAGGAGACGCUCCAGACGCCUCAAAGGGUCACCAUCCAGGAGCAGGCGAAGGUCUCGGCGGCGGCGCAGAGACAACGAUGUGCCAAGUGCUUCGCUACGUUCAAGAACGGCGAGGAGCUGCAGAGUCACGUUCAGAAGAGGAACUGCUCUGAACUGUUUGGAUUCGACUCUGAUGAUGAGGGAAACAGUUGAACAUCUCAUCACGUCCACUCAGAUCGACACUCUGGAUUCAUCGGCUGGUCUUUGGAUUGCGUAGAGCUCCUCGCUGGAUCAUACCUCAAAGGAUCAGUCCUCUCUUGGAUGCCGUGUUUCAUGACCGUGAGAACUGAAGGGUCACCUGACUUUUUACCGCAGCACGUGCCUGAAACGGAAGGCCUGGGAGCGGCCAGAAAACACACACAUACCAUCUAACCGACGAAGUGAACCGAACCGCAGUCAGACUGUAGUACUGAAGUGCCUGCUCUGGAACCGCCGUGCUGUUUCACGCCACUUCACCUGGUAUGGAGAUUGUGGCCUAAAAAAAAAGACUGGACUCUCGAAAGCUGUGAAGAAAAGAAAAAAAAUUGACGCAAGACUACGAGGCUGCUCCUGCUUUCACUAGGAAACUUUUUUUUCACAUCAGUAAGCCAUAUAACGCCAUCGUUUGCUUUUUGCACUGUUCUCUCAUAAGAUUUCUUUCUGCUUCAAUUUAAAUAACGGAGACUGUUUGAUGAACCGAUCAUCUUAAAGUCACAUAAUUUUACUCUUUGAGGUUACAUAUUUUUGAAGAGUGAGUCUAAACUUUGGAAAGUUGUGAAAUUGCUGUAUCAAAGUCUACUUUGGGAAGUUUUAUGUAUAAUUCUUGUUUAAAUACUAAUCGUAUUUCCUCAAAGUUCCCUCUGAGGGGUGAUUAGGUCUGUGCUUGUCUUUAUCAUGAGUAACCAGUAGGGGUCAGUGUGCACCAAUUCUCUUGGUUAUAAUAACAGACUUUGUCUUUUCAUUUGCAAGACACAAAUGAUGAUCUUAACUUUAUUUCUGGACAGAUUUUUACAUGUACAGCUGCUCCUCUGUAUUUAUCACUGUAGUGACUCAACACAUAGCUUCACUUCCAUGUCCAUCAUACAUCAAGCUGUAUUUCCUUUAGCAAUAACAGCCACAGACCGUGCCAGCAGAGCGGCUGACACCCCCGGCUUGUUUUCAUUUUAAUUGAAUAGAUUUUCUAAUUUAAUCUUAAUUUCAAACUCAUGGAGAUGUUGUGAUUUCUCAUGAAGGGUGAAUGUUCUUUUACAGGAUUGGUCCACAGACAUUGAGUAAGUGUUACGAGAUUAAUGGCACCAGUUUUUUCAUGAGCAGCAGCAGCAGCAGCAGGUUAUAUUUAUUUGUUUUAUUUUCUAUCUUUUGUAAAUAUUUGAAGAGUUACAAUGGCUUAUUAUAUAAAAGGGUUGUUGGAGGUGGGGUUUAUAUUUUGUUCUUGAAGAAAAAAUAAAACAUUUCAAAUGGCA